UAUCCGGGAACGCAAGGGUUGCAACGACAACUAUCCUCAUCAAAAUGAAGCGGUUUGCUAGAAAGAAGAAGUCCGAAGCUUCUGAGUGGACGAAACACGACGACCGCCUUAUCUUGGCGGCUCAGUCUGGAGACAUAUCCAAGCUGAAAACCGCCUUGAAAAAGGGUGCCGGUCCGAACAAGAUGGACGUAGAAGGACGCACACCGCUGCAGAUGGCUUCCAUGACCGGCCAUGAUGAGUGCGUGGAGCUCCUAGUUGUAGAUAACGAAGGAAUCAAUACUCAAGAUUCUCAGGGUAGAUCUGCAUUGGUACUUGCAGCUAGAGGUGGCCACAUUCGUUGUGUUGAGUUGCUCUUAAAGCGCGGAGCUGAUGUGAUCCUGCCAGAUAAUGUGCUUAUGACUGCACUUCAUUAUGCAGCCAGUGGAGGUCACAUUGAUUGCUUAAAACUGCUUCUUGAAUAUAAUGCUAAACUUGCAGCUGAGGAUAAGGAUGGUCGAACACCACUGCUACUUGCUGCUAUAAACAAUCAAGCGGCUGUGUGUUUGGAGCUGAUUGACAGGCACACCCAGAUUAAUUCUACUGACAACUGUUCAAAAACAGCUUUGAUGCAUGCAGCUGAAAAUGGAAGCCACGACUGUGUUGAUAUUCUUUUAAAGAAAGGUGCAAACAGGGACUUGAAAGACUCGUCUGGUCUGACUGCUGGUGACUUUGCUCAGCAGUCAGCUCACUAUGGUAUAGUAAAGAUAUUGGAGGAGGCACCAGUAUUAGCAUCAUGGAAUGUUGGCAGAGGAGCUGAUGAAGAUGGUGCAUCUGAUGAUGAGGAUGCUGCACCUGAGGAUAUGGUGUCUAAAUUUGAGAGUCAGGAUGAGCCAGCUGUAGCCAGUUUGCAACCGCUAAGUUCUGUGGCAACAACAGCUCUGAGUUACCAUACUGCAACUACUCAGUCUAAAUCUAGUGGAUCAACAGUGGAUCAAAUAAAAGAAUUAGAAGAAGAAAAUGAAAUGCUCAAUCAGGAUCGCAACGAGCUACAACAAAAAUAUGCUGCUGUUGCUGAGAAACUAAAGCAGUAUGAAGAAUCAGGAGGUCAACCAUCGUCUACAAUCCAAACUGAUGAAUCAUGGAUUUCGGCAAGAGAUGACAAACAAAUUGAAAAGCUUCGCCAGGAAAUCAAAGACUUGAAAAGUGAAUUACGGUUGGCUCACAGAGACAAAGAGACGCUUCAAGAUAAAGUUGAUACAUUAGAGAUUCAAGUAACAUCAUUUAUGCCGGAUUCUGAAGAAGUCUUGGACACUGAUGAAGAAAUGGACUUUCAAGAAGGAGAAGACUUUGAUCUCCCAGGUAUGGAGAUGAGCCCCGAUCACAGAACUUCUCCUGUCAAGGAUUUGGACGCAAAGGCUCAUAAAUCAGAAUCCCAUCGACAAAUCAGUCAACUGAGAGGCCAGAUUGCCACACUCCGUCUUGAGAAUGAAAGACUCAAGGAUCAAAUCAAGUAUGUCGAAAACCAACCAAAUUCAGAUUCACAAGAUAGCCAGAUUAUGAAGUUACAAACGGAGAAUGCUGAUCUCAAAGAUAGACUACAAGAACUCGGAGGAGACACUCCCACUGUUCCUCUAGAUGUUUAUCAGCAACUCAAAGAAGCCCAGGAAGUAGAAAUAAUCACUUUGAAGGAAGAAGUUGAAGACUUGAAGCAGCAGAAAUCAAAACAAGAUACCGAAGUCAAUCGGCUGGAAUCACGCCUGCAUCAACAACAGAACCAAACUGAUUCUAACCGGGCCAAUGCCGAGGUCAUUGCUUUACAGCAGAGCAUACGUGACAUGCAGCGGCAGAUGCAGGAGAGAGAGAAUCAUCAUAACACUGUCGUUAACAAUUACAGGAGCCAUCUUCUCUCAGCAGUUCAGGGUCGCAUGGCUAGUGAAGUACAGAGUGCUCUCUUCGGUAUCAUCAAUCUUCGCAGCAACGGUCAACUAGACGACGUGCUCACAGCAGACAUCGUGUGAUUUGUCAAUUUAUGUUGCAUAUGAAAUGGUAUGGUGUUAUACACACAGACACACAUGCAAGAAAACGGUUUAUGACAAAUGGUUAUUUAAAUCCUAACACGUACACCAAUGUUGUGACAACUGACUAGUAUACACUUCACAAUUUCUUCUUCUUGAUUACCUACACAUAGAACAGUAAACUUC